AUGGCCGCUAGUUACUCCGAUAUGUAUCCCAAGAGGAAAAUCGAGUUGGAAGACAUAACCAACUGCCACAAAAAGCAGAAACUGGAUAAACCCGCAUACUACCCGACACAAGAACGCCUGCCCUCGCCUUCAUCGCCCCAAUCGGUAUCGCCAGCCAAACCCCGCCAGAAAUCCGUCUCAUUUGAGCUUUCACGCAACCAGCACUAUGAAAACUCGCCCCUUUUAACUCCAAAAGACGAGGACUAUGUCUCUGAGCCCGAGGACGUUGCACAGCGGAACCUUGACUCCAACCCCGAUUACAUUUCCUUGUGUGCGGCGCAAAAUCUCUUGUGCGAGACGAAACGGCGCAUCGAAUCGGAUCUCGAGGAGCUUUCACGGCUCGGUGCUGCUGCACGUCAUGGCUCCAAGCUGGACUUGGUGGAUUUCUACAUGCGGCUCAUUUGCCUGAACGACUCGGUGCCGGGCCAGCAUAAGGUGGUGCGGGCGCCCACGGUGGAUUGGGGAAAGUACCACCAUGCCAUGAGCAACGUAUCGUGCCACGAUACUUGCAACGAUAACGAACAAUCUCUUUUCCGCACGUUGUCCUUGUUCUAA